AUGGAGUUCAGACGUAGCAUGAAAAUUCCGUGGUGGCGUCAAAGAAACAUUGAUAGCUUCAAUUCCCUCAAACUCCUUAUACGAAUAAGUAUUGCAAUAUUUUUAGUUGGAGUAGUUCAAGCAGAUGGUUGCCCAGCAUCUGAAGUCAUUUUGCCCUGUAGGUGCUCGACGAGAGGCAAAGAAAUACAAAUAUGGUGUUCACAUAGCAAUCUUCCACAGAUCAUGGAUGGUAUAAAAGCUGUUGAAAAAAAUUUUAAGGGACCAAUCGAUGAAUUGGUACUGGAAAAUAAUCAGCUUCCUGCUUUACCAGGUCGCUUUUUUGGCAAUCUUCAAAUCGUACGUCUAAUGUUGCGUUACAAUAAUAUUGAACGCGUCUCCAAUGGUUGGCUUAAUGAACUUGAAAACAGUUUGGUAGAAAUUUAUAUAGUGGAACCACAGUUGCGCAGUAUACCAGUGGAAAGCUUAAAUGGUAUGAUUAACAUAGUUGCCAUUACAAUACAGAGUGAUGCGCUAAAGCAUUUACCGGACUUUACGGGGCUACUUAGCUUGACUUAUUUGAGCGUACAAAGUAAAUCGCUUACGGAAUUACAGCCUCAUUGGUUUCGUCAUCUACCCAAACUGCAGAAUAUACACAUUAAUGGUGGACCAAAUUUAAACCGCUUAGAGUCAGGACUAUUUGAUGGACUGAUUUCAUUGAAAAAUGUCGAUCUCAGCCGAAAUGGUAUCAGUUGGAUACAUUUGCGUGCCCUGACGCGUUUGCCAAACUUAAUAAGUCUAAAGCUUUCUUAUAAUCAAAUAAGUGACGUCGGCAUGGUGGGUCGCAUUAUCAAAGACUUAGAAAAUUUAAAAAAACUGCGCUUGGAUCACAAUAUCAUAAAUAUCGUUGAGGAUGGUUCAUUUGUCGAUUUGCCAUAUUUAUCGGAACUGCAUUUAAAUGAUAAUCGUAUCACUGAAAUACAGUAUGGAGCAUUUUUGCGCACCCCAAUGCUAAAGAUUAUCUAUUUACACAACAAUCACAUCAUUCGUAUACAUCCAGAGUCGUUUCUACAAGCAUCGGGAAGUGGAGUUGAAACCGUGUAUAUAUAUAACAAUGAAAUAGAGCAGGUGAGCGAAUUGCGCUCUUUGCUUAACGCCUUACCUAUGUUAAAAUUUCUUGAUAUUAGUAGCAACUUGCUUUCAGAAAUACCCUAUGGUGCUUUACGUGGACAUGGAACAUUAGAGCAAUUACAUGUUAAUAACAAUUUGUUACGUAUAAUUGAACAUGAUGCAUUGAUGGCAAUGCCUGCAUUAAGAGAACUACGUAUGAGAAAUAAUAGUCUCUCAAGUGAAUUGCCUAUGCCAUUUUGGAACUUACCAGGUUUAAAGGGCUUAGACUUGGCUGCAAAUAGGUUCCGCACUAUUGAUUCAUAUUUGCUGGCUGGUCUACCUUCUUUAAGGCGUCUCGACUUAAGUGAAAACGGUCUCACAAAAAUUGAUCCAUCAACUUUCAAACACAACCCAAUGCUUGAGACAUUGAAUAUAUCUCACAAUGAACUGAGCAAUAUUGCUCCAGCAACUUUUCGUAAUCUGAAUCGACUAUUUGAAGUUGAUGCUAGCCAUAAUCAAUUAAUUGAAAUUAUACCUGGUUUACCCAAAAUUGUCGAGCGUAUAUCCGUUCGUGGCAAUUCAAUAGCUAUGUUACCUCCUUCUAUUAGUAAAAUCUUGCAUUUGCCCAAUUUACGUAUGCUCGACUUAAGUUUAAAUCAUUUGGAACAAAUGCCAAAAUAUGCAUGUCAGGGUGUACCACAACUAAGAGUGCUAAGUAUAGCUAAUAAUCGCUUACGCCUUUUGGAUGAUACAACAUUUAUUGGAGCGCAUCGACUUGAACUUUUACACUUGCAAGACAACAUGCUAUCACAAAUUGAUGAACGCUCAUUACUCCCUAUGUCGGAACUACGCAAUCUUAACUUACAAGGCAAUAAAUUGGAAAUUAUAACUGACAAUAUGUUCUCAAAUAAUAGCCAUAUAGAACAGCUAGAUUUAUCGAGAAACCUAAUCCGUACUAUAUCACCCGCAGCAUUUGAAUCACAGAGAUCAUUAGAGUAUUUAGAUAUAUCUGGGAAUGCACUAACCGAUAUAUCAAUAAGUUUAUCGUCCCUAGCUAAUUUACGCGACAUUGACUUAAGCUAUAAUCAAAUUUCGCGUGUUCAUGCAGAUGUUGUGUCAGCUUGGAAAAAUAUUGUGGAAAUACGUUUAUCCAAUAAUUUAAUCACAGACCUCAAACACGGUACUUUUAGAAAUCUACAUAAUCUUCAGUACCUCGAUUUGUCAAGUAAUGAAAUUAACACAGUGGAACCGAGUGCUCUAAAAAAUUUACCCGACUUACAAGAGUUCGUUUUGGCUGAUAACAAACUUGUUGAAUUAAAAGAUCAUGUAUUUGAGGAUCUCCCCAAUUUGUUAGCUUCGCAUUUUCAAUAUAAUUUCUUGCGUUAUAUUUCGCCCGAAAGUUUUUACAAUUCUCCGUCUAUGGUGUUUCUCAAUCUUUCAAAUAACAACUUUCACAGUUUGGAAAAUAUUGGACUUCGAAGCAUGAGAAACUUGGAGGUUUUGGAUUUAUCAACUAAUAACAUAAGAACCGUAUCUACGAUGCCCCUAAAAGUUCUAAGUUGGCUAGUUGAAUUGAAAUUAGACAAUAAUGAAAUUUGCAAAGUCCAGGGUUCUCCAUUUGAGACAAUGCCACGCUUAAGAGUGCUGUCAAUGCGAAAUAACCGACUACGUAUUCUUUCCGAACGUACUUUUCGAAACUUGAGGGGCAACAUCGCUAUAUUGGAUGUUGAUGGUAAUCCUAUUAAUUGUUCAUGUGAAAUGCAAUGGCUCUCUGUUUGGCUGCAAGAAACAAAUUUUCCUUAUCCUGGUCCGAAAUGUCAAGAUGGUCGCUUGUUACGUUCAUCACGUAUGGAAAAAAGCUUAUGUGUUGAUUAUGAAGACAAUCAGCGUUACGUUGCCAAUGAAAAUUUAAAUAAUUUACCUUUACUGAACGAACACGGCGACGUAUUUCAACGUGAUCUUCCCGAUGAUUUUACUGAAGAAUGUGAUAUAUUUGUCCCUCCUGGAGAGCGUCCUCUUGCUGGGGAGAGUGAAUAUUUUUACGAUCAAUAUGUUGACUAUGCACCUAACAAUAACUCAGGUUCUAUAACUACAGAUAAACCUACUGCUAACAUACAACUAGAUACAAGUAACACCGUUUUAAGCCAUCAAAAUAGACCUACGCCUGUUAGUCCCAAUAUUGAUCUUAAUAACACAAUUCUAAAUACUAAUUUCAUAAAUAAACAUCAAGGCUUACAAUCAGUACAAUCAUCCUCGCCGUUUACAUUUUUUGGUUACCCAUUGCCGAGCUUAAGUUUGGGCAGAUUUUUUGGUGCUGGGCAUCGUGGUAGAAAAGAUCGAGGAGAAAAAAAUGGAGAUAGAGUUAAUGCACCAGACACGACUUCACAAAUGCCAGCGACGCACAGAAUGCAUACUUCACGUGCUAAAGAACGAAUGUAUCAACCAAAUAGUGCUGAAUUUGAAAAAUACUUAAAGCAAGAGGAACAGUUCCAAGAUGUCACGCCAAGAAGUAGAUACAUAGAAUCCGGCUCUGAGGAAGCAGCAAGUAACGAAACUCCCAUAAAUUCGUUUAAAACAUCAUUUAAACCUUCAACAGUAGAACGUGGUGGUUUUCGACCAAUUAUACCGGAGCACAUAGGUGGAUUUAUACCAGUACAUGAUCCCACAAGACGUGGCAUAGUAGAGGCUAUUACUACAGCAGCCCCUUUUGCCAAAUCCAUGAAGCAUACAAAAAUAGAAAACAACGUUAUACCAGUCAACAUAAAAGAAACACAAAAAGACAAAAGCAAUGAAGAAAAAUAUAACAAUUUAAAAAUUCCUCAAGUUGUCACCCAAUCCACUGAAAUUGAAGACAAUAACUCGGAUACAUAUUUUGUUACUGAAGCCCAAAACGAAGUGACUACAUCUUUAAGACGUAUAACACCGCCAGAAACUAUUAUUACAACUACAAUGACAACAAGUGCAAUAGUGCCAGUAACAUCAACUAAAGCCACUAUAAAUGAGAAUAAACAACCAACUACCACCUCUACUACAGGUAUGCCAACUACAGAAAAUUAUAUCGUUUCUGACUUUUACGAUGAUCUUGAAGCUCAAUCAGUAGGUCUUUUAAAGCCACCACCUCUAAUUCAAACAACUACACCUGAAACAAUACUAUUAAUACCACCACCAGAAGAACAUAUGGAACAAUAUAAACGACAUUCGUGGGUCACUACAACUAUAGCAACUGAACUGACACAAGGCUAUGCCACUGAAAAUACUCCUAUGACAACCACAAGAAUAGCUCGUCCAUCCGGGGGCCGUUCAACUAUCACAAAAGUGUUUACUCCGCAAACUUUAAAUCAUUAUUUACCAACAGCUGAAGAAUUUUAUCGCACAACAACUAGUAAAGGAGAUUAUAUAAGUGCUUCGAACAGUGACCCUCUUUCCGUAGAUUUACCAAACGCUGGCAUUAGCAGUCAACCAGCUGAAGUAACGCCUUCAUUUCAAGUAGAUCGCAUUGAUCGCAAAGAUGGUAUGGAGUGGUAUUAUGAAAGCUUUAAAAAACCUCGGUCGUCAGGUAUCGGCACUGGACUAGAACACAAGAAAAUUGACACCCCAACUAUACGCAGUAGUACGGAAUCAAUACAUCAUAGUAAUGCGGUCCUUAAAAUCGUUAUUGUAAACUAUGUGCUGUUCAUAUCCUUAAUAUUCGUAAUUAAUCAUAACUUCAUAAGUUUGGUUUGUUAA